AAAAGCAAGCGGAGGAGGCGCUAGCAUAAUAUAAUGAGUUGAAGCUGGGUUGUUUUGAGGAGUAAAAAGUUGUUUUUUUCACUCUACUGUUGGCUGAACUUGGAGCUCAGUGUUUACUUGGAAAUAUACAAAGUUGGGAGAAAUGUAGGGAAACUUCGGCCGACUUUGUCGUUGCCCCACGAUGGAGGAACCUGCGACAAGAGAGUUGGAGAUGUCGCUGUCAGACGGUACCUCGGACGACGACAUGCCCUUAAGUUUACCCGCAGAGGGCAGCCACAGUGGCAGCAUCCGAAAGGGAUGUGAUCCCUUCGCUCAGACUCAGCGCAGUAAGCUGCAGCACCGGCGAUCCCGCAUCAACCAGCAGAUCAACAAGGAGAUGCGCAUGAGAGCCGGAGCGGAGAACCUGUUCAGAGCAACAACCAACAACAAGGUGAAGGAGACGGUGGCUCUGGAGCUCAGCUUCGUCAACUCCAACCUGCAGCUGCUCAAAGAGGAGCUGGAGGAGCUCAACAGCAACAUGGAGGUUUACCAGACAGACAGUGAGGCUAUCAACGUUCCCAUGAUCCCUCUCGGUUUAAAAGAAACCAAGGAGGUGGAUUUCACAGUUUGUAUCCAGGACUUCAUCUGUGAGCACUACGGAGAGGACAGCUCCCUCUACGACAAGGAGAUCAAAGAGCUAAUGGAUCUCAGACAGGCCAUGCGAACACCCAGUCGUAACCAGGCCGGUCUGGAGCUGCUGAUGGAGUACUACAACCAGCUGUACUACCUGGACCAGCGCUUCUUCCCUAUUCACAGGACCCUGGGCGCACACUUCCACUGGUACGACUCUCUGACAGGCGUCCCGUCGUGUCAGCGUACGCUUGCAUUUGAAAAGGGAAGCGUGCUGUUCAACCUCGGGGCCCUGUUCACGCAGAUCGGAGCCCGGCAGGACCGCUCUGCCACCGCUGGCAUAGACCGAGCUAUAGACGCCUUCCAAAGAGCUGCAGGAGCAUUUAAUUACCUUAAAGAGAAUUUCUCCAACGCUCCCAGUCUGGACAUGAGCAGUCCCUCGCUGUGCAUGCUGGUUCGUCUGAUGGUUGCCCAGGUGCAGGAGUGUGUGUUUGAGCGCGUCACACUCACCACUCAGGACACACACUUCACUUCACAACUCCACCUGGCUCAGGAGGCGGCACGGGUGUCAGAUGUCUACCUGCUGGUGCUGCAGACCAUGGCGCAGCCCCUGAUGAAGGACUACGUGCCGUUUUCUUGGGCGUCCAUGGUUCAGGUCAAAUCUGAACACUUCCGUGCCAUCUCGCACUACUACGCUGCUGUCGCACUCUGCGAUCACACAUUGUCCGUUGAGGAGGACGAGGGUGACAAGGAGGCUGAGAAGGCUUUCCUCCAGUUCUACGUCAACGUUCCUGCAGGGCCCCCGCUAAGCCAGGUUCUGCGAGACCCUGAGAAAAGAAGAAAGCUUGGGAAAGCUCACCUGCGGCGGGCGGUGAUCAGACACGAGGAGGCCAUGCGUGUCCACAGUCUGUGCAAGAUCCUGAGAAAGAUGGACAUCCUGCAGGACGUGCUGUCCCUCACACACAAGCGCUCGCUGGACAAAUACUCAGAGCUGGACAGAGAGGACGACUUCGAUGAGACCGCAGAGGCUCCAGAGAUCCAGUCUCAAACCCAUCAGAAACCAGAAAUCACUCCAACCAACUUCUCUACGGUCCAAGUCACCGAUAUCUUCCAAAGACUCGGGCCUCUGUCAGUGUUCUGUGCGCGGGCUCGCUGGGGUCCGGUGCGUGUGAUCUGCCUCCAGAAAGGGGAGGGGGGACUGGGUCUCACGCUCAGAGGAGACUCCCCCGUCCUGGUGGCUGGAGUGGUGCCUGGAGGCUGUGCAGCGGAGGCGGGACUAAGGGAAGGAGACUACAUAGUAGCUGUGGACGGAGAAGACUGUAAGUGGGCCAAACAUGGCGAGGUGGUCGCCAUGCUGAAGAGUUGUAGUGAACGAGGAGUGGAGCUCAGCGUGGUCACGUUACACUCACACGACACACAGGUGGAGAGGAGGGCUACUGCGCUGUCCCACAGCAGCGAUAAGGAAAACACUCGGCAGCGAGUGCUGGGCGGAGCCAAGGGCCAGAGCUCCGCCUCCUUGUUGAACUGGAACAGGAAGAAGAAGCGGGAAGGAGGCGGGCCCAAUAAGAGACUAGGAAGCACUUUCAGUUUGUCGUUCGGAAGCAUACGAGACCCUGAGGCCAUGUACUGAGACACGGCUGCAGAGGAAGCACUCAGGGAAUCACAAUAGGGGAGCACGACCAGGAAGGCAUUAAAGACUGACAGGGGGGCGGGGGGGAUCUGACAAAAAAAGCACAAGGUUAGUCUGGUGAAAUUGUCCUUGGCUUCUUUUUGUUAUAACAGUCCAGGAGAGUUGAAGAAUCCUGCCCACAGGGAGAAUUCUAUACUCAUGUGUGCAGUGCUGUGAGCCGCCUUGGAGGAAAAAACCUGAGGAACAUUCUAGAUGCAGGAUGAUAUAGAAUAAUUUGGAGAAAGGACUGGGUUUUGAAAUGUACAGAAGGCCAUGUUGCUUCUGCUCUGUGAAAUCAAAGUGCAGAGAUUUGGCUGGCAUAAUCCAUGAUGCACAUGUGAUUUUUGAAGCACAAUGCUGACCCGUUACGUUUGUUCUUGGAGACAGGAAGCCACGGAAAAACAAAUAAUAUUUUUGAAUAUUAACUUAAUUUAAAAAAGCUGGCAAUUUCAUCACAUUCCCUGUGUUGUCAAAUCUUGGCUUCAACAUCUUGUGAAGAUUAAGAACAUUUUUACUGAAAGCUGAAAGCUUCUUUACAAAAUCUUUGUAUUUUUACAAUAAUGGAACUGAAACAAAACUAAUCGAGAGGGAGAAGCAAGUAUUCUUUUUCUUGUGUCUUAUAUCACCCUGAAGUGGUCUCUGUCCUGUGUAACCACUGAAGUGCUCUCACUUCUCCCACUGUUAUAUCACACGGUACUUUACGUUAAAAGUAUGAAAGAACUAUGGAUGUUCUUGGAGAAAUGUUUUUUUGUUUAGUUUUGUCAUUUUUAGAUGAUUGAAAGCACUUCAGACGUAAUGUUUUGUAGUUUUAGGAUUUCUAAAAUGCACUGUGAAGAUUGAGUCUGUUGUUAAUAAUGUAGUUCUGACGAUUGAACACAUAGAGGAUGUGUGUAUUGGAAAUGAAAUGUUAUUGAGCCUGCCCGUGUGAGUUUUGUGUUGUUGUGCCCUUAAUGUUUAAUGCCUCUGUAAUGUUACAGUCCGCCAAUAUGAGGAACAAUAGAUGAGGAUGCUAGCGGGAAAUAAUGUUAUUUUUUCUGCGCUAUGAUUAGAAAUGUGAGAAUUGUAGCACAUAACUGUUUGGUCCAGCUUAAAAAAUCAGGCUGUUUUUUUUUCUAAUGGCCUGUGAGUUUUUGUUUAUUUUUGUAUCAUGUUUGUGCCAUGGCGGUCCGUAGUGAUGAGAACAGAAAGCCACAGGGAACAAACACACGCUUUGUUUUCACAAUUCUUCUGUGAUGUGUUUCUGUAUUCAGAAACCCUGGUACGAUCUUUUCUACUCCGCUUUCUGUGCUGUGUGCGUGUGCGAGUAAAUGUUUGUCCAGAUUAUUGUGAAAGUAUUCUGUUCCUUGUUGGUGUUUGUAACUGAAUAUCUGACCAUCCCUUAAUAACAGCAUUUGGGGAUUUGCACAGUAUUUUUUUCAUGUGGAAAACAAUAAAAGUGAAUGAUGAAAACGA